AUGGCUGCCGGACUAAAGACAAUCAUCCUCCUCUCGUUCGUCCUGGCUCUGGGCUUCCUGCUCAUCAUCCUCUCGUGCGCGCUCUGGGCCAACUGGCUACCACUUCUCGUCGCCUUGACCUAUGUGCUGGCGCCGCUGCCCAACAGCGUGUGCGCUCGGUGCGCAGGAGCGGAUGACUUCUCGGCGGACUACAACAGCGCCUUCCUCGACUUUGGCAACUUUGUGACGGGCAUGAUGAUCGUCUCGGGUUUCGCGCUGCCACUCGCCCUGGCCCACUCGGGCAUCAUCGCUCCGAUGGCGUGCAUCAUGUCGAUUGCCGGCGGAGGGCUGGUCUAUGGCACCAUCCUCACGUAUUCCGGCUCCUUCAGCGAGACCGACGAGUUCUGA